CUCUGUGCUCUUCCAGGUGAGCUGCACCCCCCGCUACCCUCCUUUGGCCACCCCACCUGGCUUUGCUCUCCAUUCCCAUCUGCCCACAAACUCUGCAGCCUUUCCACCUCUUCUGCCAUGCUCCCCACAACCCCAAACCAUACCUCCCUGCUGCUUGGGAACGGAACAGCAUUGCUUCCCUCACCCCUCAACACCAUCUGCUUACACAACAUCCUCUCUUCCAGGUACCCUCCACCCCACAGCCAUGUCCUGCUACGACCUCUGCCGCCCCUGCAGUGGGGGACCCACCCCGCUGGCUAACAGCUGCAACGAGCCCUGUGUCAGGCAGUGCCAGGACUCCCAGGUCGUCAUCCAGCCCUCCACCGUGGUGGUCACCCUGCCGGGACCCAUCCUCAGCUCCUUCCCCCAGAACACCGCCGUCGGAUCCUCCUCAUCAGCUGCCGUGGGCAGCGCCCUCAGCGCCCAGGGAGUGGCCAUCUCCUCCGGCGGCUUCGGCUUUGGAGGCCUGGGCUGCUUCAACGGCGGCAGAGCCCGCUACCCCUGCUAAGGGCCUGCGCCCACACCCUCACACCAACCACCUGCACCCUGCAAGGCGCCUCACGCACUGACCUCACGUCUCUGUGUCACCUAUGGCCCAAGAGCUCACCAGCCAUCGCUCCUCUUUUCAUAGCGUAAAACAAGCAAGCAGGGAACAGCCUCAGACCAUGCUGCCUGGGAACAUGAGCACAGUAAUUUCCUUCUGCCUUUGCACUUCAAAUUGUGCUCUUUCCACUUGGCGAUCACCAAGUGGAUCCUUCCUUUUCCUGUGUUUCCCUCAAUAAAGAUCUCAUGCAUGUCAGCCUCAGAUUCCUCUUCUUCAUUCCUUCGCAUAAUGUCCCUUCCACUUCACCCAUUACAAAGACACGGCACUGCAAACCGUCAUGUCUGCUACAAGAGGGCCCCAGAUCUCCUCUUGUCACACACAAGAGCUUUGGUGCCUAGCAGAUGGCCUUCAUCACAUUAUAAGUUAUAUAUACUCCUACACUAUUGCAGUCUUGGCCACUUUGAGGCUCUUCUGCCUGUGCUCUCUCAUACAACAUCUCUCAGUCAGUGCACACUUGAUUCCUUUUCCUCCCAGGCAAGAUUUUCUCCUAUUUACAACAAAUAUGGUCACAGAAUCUUUCCUUCAUCAGUAUCGUCUUGAUUUCUUGAUUUCACUACAGCGGCCCCGCUCAAGCCCAGGCAGGAACAGCAGGCUGUCCACAGUCAGGUCCACUCCCCGCACCCAGGCUUUUAGUGAAGACACUGAACGUCCUUCUGUUCACUUCCCUUUCAUUCGCUUCCCAGUCUUGGCCUCUACAACUCUGAACUCACCACUUCAGGACUCCGUGUCACUCGUCUCAGACCACCAGACCUCUACAUUAAGCCACUAUUAAGAGCACCUCGGCCUCCCCUCAGUCUCCACUUGAUAGAACAAACCAU